AUGACCUACAGACUUUUUGGUAAUCCUUUUGAAGAUCAAGUUGAAAAAGCAACUUCGGAGUUAUUGCCUAAAGGUCAAGAUGACUUAGCAUUAUAUUUAGAAAUUAGUGAUAUGAUACGUAGUAAGUCAGUUACGCCCAAGGAUGCAGUUAGGGUUCUUAAAAAAAGAGUUACGCAUAAAAAUCCUAACGUUCAACUUAUGGCCUUAAAUCUAACUGAUACAUGCGUUAAGAAUGGAGGAAAUCAUUUUUUAAUUGAAAUUGCAUCUCGAGAUUUUAUGGAUACAUUAGAUUCAAUCGUUAGAUCUCCUACUUGGGGUUUAGCAUUCGAAGGAAAGAAAGAACUUAUGUAUGUUACAGAGAUAUAUAAAUUAUUAAAACAUGAUGGACACGUAUUCCCAAAAGUAGAUAAAGCGACAGCAGUAAUGAUUGAUACUGCAACGCCACCUGAAUGGACGGAAAGUGAUGUUUGCGUGAGAUGUCGAACAGCAUUCACUUUAUUAAAUUGUGGACAAACAUAUUGUGGAGAUUGUUCUUCUAAAACUACUACAUUACCGCACAUAGGUAUAAAUGAACCAGUUCGAGUAUGUGAUACUUGCUUUAUUCAAAAGCAACUUAAAUCAAGAAGGAGUUCGUCAGAUGCAGAAGAAAACGAAGACGAAUUGAAAAAGGCUAUUGAACUUUCAUUAAAAGAAGCUGAAUUUAACAAAAAUUAUGUACAACCCGCUUUGGAAAGAGUUAAAGCUAACUCUUCACAGAAACCGGUUAAUCGUAUAUUCGAUGACGAGGUCUCAGAAGCAAUUGAAGCCUCUCUUCGUGAAAUGAAUAUUAAUCAAAAUCGUUAUUCCACAACAACGAAUCAUUCGUAUAAUAAUUAUUCCUCGAAUUAUCCAUCAACAUCUCCAUUCAACGAAUUGUCUACCACCGAGGCGGAAAAUAUUUAUCAAUUUUCAGAUUUACUUGAUCGAAUUCAACAAAAUGGUGGUGAUUUAAUGAGAGAUAAACAAGCUCAAGAAUUGCAUGAACGAAUUGGUGAAUUAAAACCAAAAUUGACUAGAAAUCUUACGGAGACAAUACAGAAACAUCAAGAUCUUGUGGACAUGCACGAGAAAUUGACACAUGCAGGGAAAUUAUAUGAUAAACUCUUAGAGGAAAGAAUGUCAAAUGCCUAUAAUCGAGUUGGAAAUAUGUACCCUUCUAUAACAUCACCUCAUAUUCAAUCAUCUAAUGUUUAUCCUUAUCCUAUUGCUUCGGCACCUGCUGCACCUUCUCCUACUUUCUAUAUGCCACCACCACAGAAUACUAAUACUCCCAUUCCUCUUCAAGCAGUUCAAUUUGGUAUGCAACCUCAACCACAAUCAAAUCAAACGGAUAUUAAUAUUAUGGGAGGAACUCAACCGAAUCAAAUAGCUCAGCAACAACAACAACAACAACAACAGCAACAACAACAGCAGCCACAGCAACAACUACAACAGCAACCACAGCAACAACUACAACAACCUCCACAACAGCAACCACAGCAACAACUACAACAACCUCCACAGCAACAACUACAACAACCUCCACAGCAACAACUACAACAAACUCCGCAGCAACAACUACAACAACCUCCACAACAACAACAGCAACAGCAACAACCACAACCACAACAAUCACAACAAUCGCCACAAUUACAACAAUCACAGCAAUCACAGCAAUUAACAACUCACCAACCACAAUCUUCAUAUGUUCCCUAUGGGUAUACUACUACUCCAGGUCAAGUGUAUCAAGCAUCUGCUGUUUCUAAUGAAGUACCAACAAAUAAUAAUAAUAAUACUGGAACUGAGGGAGAACUUAAUAAUGCGCCUUCUGCCACAACAACAGUUCAAGGGUAUGUACCACAAACGAAUAAUAGUAUUUCUGCCUAUGCACCACAACAUCCAAAUUUUAUGGGUGAAAUUGGGUAUCAUCAAUACCAGCCACAACAACCAGAUCAAUCUCAACAAUCUAACAAUUAUUAUAAUCAUCAUUAUCAACCACAACAAUCUUCGCAAAUUAUUUCUCAAACUCCACCACAAAAAUUAGAGGAAUCACCGCUAUUAAUUGAACUCUAA